GGGGAACCCGGAAGUGUUGUGGCUUUUGUUUACAUCCUCCUCUUUGUUCGGUGGAAAUUCCGCCAAAAUGCCCAAAAAACGGUCGGUGAACACCGAGAACCGGGAGGACCGGGAGAACCGGAGCCUGCGGGCCGCAAUCGACGAGCAACUGGCGGCAGCGGCGGAGGAGAUCUUCUGGCUGCUGAAGGAGCGCAGACACGCGGCGGUGGAGCAGCUGAAGGAGCUGGUGACGGAGCGACUCACCGCGGCCGUGGAGCGGAUCUUUACCGUGUUCGGAGCCUGCAAAGCGGCCGAGAGAGGACCGGGGGAGCCCGCAGAGACCGGAGGGAUCGGAGGCGACAGCAGAGAGUUCUGUCUGUCCGUCGGCGUGCGGAGUCUCUCUGAAGGAGAACAUCUGAAGCAGAGCGUCUCUGUAGGCCAACUGAAGGAACCUCUGCCCAGCACUUCCUCCAGACCAGAGGACCUCUCUGAACCAGACCACCAACCAGACUCUCCUGACGAUGUGGCCGGUGAGGAAGAGGAAGAGGACGAAGAAGCAACGCCUUACUGCUGCAAAGUGUGCAAGAAGUCCUUCGACAGGAAGGGCUUCCUGAUGAAGCACGUGGAGAAACACCUGAAGGACGCUGACUGUCUCUGUGGUCUGUGCGGCGAGCAUCUGGAGUCCAGCGAUGAGCUGAGGCUGCACUUCCAGACGCACCGUGAAAGCAGCCGGACCUGCGACGUCUGUGGCAAGAAGUUCCCCUCCAUCCGCGCCCAAGAGACACACCUGAGGCUGCACACCGGCGAAAAGCCCUUCAGUUGCCACGUCUGCGGUAAAGGCUUCAACCAGAAGGGCAACAUGGUGACUCACCUGCGGAUCCACACGGCGGAGAAGCCAUUCAGGUGCACCGUCUGCCACAAAGAGUUCAGCCACGCGGGCUCUCUGGAGCGACACAUGAAGGCCCACGACGGACAGACACCAUUCAGUUGCACUGUCUGUGGGAAAGGUUUUGGCAAGAGCGCCGAGCUAAGGCGACACAUCCGGAGCCACGAGUCUGACGGCGUGCCCACCGCCAGGAACAGGCGCAGGAAACCGAGUCUUACGCCGUCUCACUGCUGUAAGGUCUGUGGAAACGCAUUCCACAACAAAGGGAACUUUGUGCGUCACGCUGAGACGCAUCUAAAUGAUCCCGACAGCUGUUGCGGCAUCUGUGGCGAGCAGGCGGAGUCCUCGGAGAGUCUGCAGCUCCACAUCCAGAGCCACAGGGAGACCAGUAGGAUUUGCGACAUUUGCGGGAUCAGCUUUAGGGACAUGGAGAUCCACAUGAGGACGCACACUGGACAGAAACCCUUCAGCUGCAAGGACUGUGGCAAAGACUUCCCCCGGAAGGGUUCCCUGGAGCGACACAUGAAGCUGCACGCCGGUGACCGGCCCUACAUCUGCGAGUUCUGCGGCAAAACCUUCAUUGAGAACACCGUCCUCAAGAGACACAUCAAGAGCCACACGGGGGGGAAGCCCAGGAUCUACUCCUGCGAUGUCUGUGGCAAGAAGUUCACCAUGAGCCAGCACCUGGAUGUCCACAAGAGGAUCCACACUGGUGAGAAACCCUAUACCUGCCGGGUCUGCGGGAAGAACUUCCGCCAGAUCGGGAACUUGGACUCCCACAUGAGGAUCCACACAGGUGAGAAGCCAUUCAUCUGCAGCCUCUGCGGGAAGCGUUUCCGCCAGAAGAUCUCACUGGAGACGCACGAGAGGUUCCACAAGAAGGAGAAGCCAUUCAGCUGCCAGCUGUGCAGCAAAGGCUUUGUCCAGAAGAUUGACCUCAAGCGACAUAUGCUAACACACACCGGCGAGAAACCCUACAGCUGCACAGUCUGUGGCAAGAGUUACCAGGAGAAACGCUCCGUGGACUCGCACAUGAAGGUCCACGCCGGAGAGCAGACUGCCAAAGACUCAGCACUGACACUUGGACUGAAACGACAGGAAGGAAUUCACGCCGACUUCAUCCAGCUGUGACAUCACAUGAAGCUUCCGGUUAGUAAACAGUGGAUAUAAAACGUCGACAACUCUCCGUUAGAACUUUGGGUUCUUGUGAUGAGAUGAAAAUUGAGUCCAGAUGUUCUUGAGGGACUUUCCUGACACUGACUCAGGCUGCGUUCACACCGGUCCUGUUUGGUGCGGUUGGUUUGCCCCCUCAGUGCGGUUUGUUUGUGCAGGUGUGAACACACCAAACCAACUGGACUGAGACCACCUAUUAAAGAAGGUCUCGACCCGGUUGUUACAAACAAACUCAGGUGCAGCUGGUUUGUGGUGAAAAUGUGUUCUGACCUGGAUCCGAACCAACAGCAGUCACAUUACACAUUGUUUGGGUUCUUCACCAUAUUGUUUACUUCCUGGAUUUUUCCCACAUGGAAAUUCUGACCAAUCAAGAGCAGAUUUCUCAUGCAGGCAUUUGAUCUGGUCCGCUUGUAAAUGCUGCCGCGAGAACACGAAUCAACUCCAGGUCUAAAAGCACCCCGAGUUGCAUCUCACAGCAGAAGUCAUAAAGAGUUUCCAGAGCAUCAUCGUUGGAAGGUAUCAUUCAGUCAUCAGAUAAAUACCAAGAACAACAGUGACAUUACUUAGAACUGGAUGUCCCCAUGUCUUCUACAUGUAAUCAUCUUCAGUGCUGUAUCGUAGGAACUGAAUCUGCCUGAGUUUCUUGAAGAUGUUUCGCCUCUCAUCCCAGAAGCUUCUUCAGUUCUGAUGGACUGGUGUGGAGCUGCAGGCUUUAAACUCUGUGUGGGUGUGAACCCUUACAGAGUCACUGAGGUCACAUGUGAGUCGUUGACCCAUUCAGCCAUCAUAUGUGUUGUUAGGGUCAGAUUGGUCUUGGUGUGAAUGGUAGUGGGGACGUCCACCUGUCCUGAGACGCUGUGGGGGCGUCUCUGCUUCCUGUUUAAAUGUCAGUAAGAUGUCAGCCAUGUGAGUUUUAGCUUCGUCACCACAGAAGAAGAAAAACAGGAAGUCACCAGCUGAUUCCUAUAACCACUAGGACCUCCUUCAGAACCCACAGAGCCUGCCUAAUGACCACCAGAAUCUCAGGACCCCUCCAAUUGACGAUGGUCAUUCUGGUUUGACGUAGACGGAUUCUUUCACGCCUCUUGAGCCAGCCCAUUAGGUUCAGACUCAUAUUUUAAGGUUUUCUUAUAUUCAGACAGAACAGGAUGUAAGGAGAUGUGUUUUACCUGCUUGACAGUUUCGACU